GCGUUGGCCAAUCAACACCUCGGGCCCAACUUGAAAGAUCCAGGCGAAGGGACGGACGAUGCGACGAGGGCCUGUGCUAUUGCUGCUGCUCAUGGUGCUCCUUGUGGCGGUCGAUCUGGCGGCCAAGACCAUCGACUACGACGCUCUCGAAAGGCAAUGGGAGAAGGGCGACAUGGACGAAGAGCUGCUCUCGGACGAAGCCCUCGCCGCCAAACAGAACCGCAAGCAAGAACUGGAAAAGUCCGAGAUGGUGUUUGUCACACUCGAGCCGUCGGCGGUCGCGGCCUUUGCCAUGGCGCACCCCGACUAUGAGAAGCCGCUCUCGGAGCUCUGCGCGCUCUGGAAAAGCAUGCUUCUCAACGGCGGUCUGGACGUCAAUUUUUACGAGCUCGAGGGCGCCAAAGUGCUCGCAGGGCUGCAAAGAGGGUCGCGGGUGCAGGAGCUCCACGCGUUCCUCUUUGAACAGCCUCAAGUCACCGAGAUUCAAUGGAACCAAGAGACGUUGUAUCCUCCCCGCGCCAAAAACCGCAAGCCAAAGAAAGCCAAAAAGGCUACAAAGGCCAAGCCGACAUCCCCCAAGACGGAGUUGUAGCCUCGUCUUUGAACGCUGCGGCAAAAUGCUUUGUUAGGUACUACCUGAGCUGCAUGUUUGCUAGGUAAUACAACUAGACAACACAUCUACUCUACUAUUGAG